AUGCCGCCGAAAGGAAAGAGAAAAGGAGAAAAGAGGAGGGUUAGUAGUGUCCGCAGUGACCCAAAAAAACAUGAGGCAGAACUAAAAGAAUUCGAGGAAAAAUGCAUAGCAGAAAAUUUAUCAGUUCACGAGGAAGUUUUGGAGGAGCCAUUGCUGGAUGUGGAAGAAAUGAGAGAACAUGAAACGGAAGAUGAGAGGGAUAGUGUCGAGCCUGUUAAUAUAGGGCGUAUUGACCUAUCCUUCCCUGAGACUGCUGCUGAGUUCGCUAAUUCAUCUCUGUGUUAUCCACCCAGUUAUUACACUUUGUCACCGAAGGAAAGGCUUUUAUUGUUAUAUGCUGAAAAUUUUCGAAGCCAAUUUUCAACACUUUACCCAAAAAGACGGGCACUGGUGUUAGCUUUGCCGAAUGAAUGCAACGUUCAGAAGCUGGUGUGCACGACUAUACGCCCAACUGCAUUCUUUCAUAUUCCUUUAAUUGGCAGUGAAAAUGAAUGUGCAAGUUUUGUCGCUGACUUUGUCGAAUAUGAACCACUUGAGGAUAUGAUGAAAUUCGUGAGUAGCAAUAUUUAA